AUGGUUAAGUCCCGCGGCAGUGCUGGUGGCCAUGGUUCCCGUAGCCAGAAGGAGCUGCCCACAGAGCCCCCCUACACAGCAUAUGUAGGAAAUCUACCUUUUAAUACUGUUCAGGGCGACAUAGACGCUAUCUUUAAGGAUCUCAGCAUAAGGAGUGUACGGCUAGUCAGAGACAAAGACACAGACAAAUUUAAAGGAUUCUGCUAUGUAGAAUUUGAUGAGGUAGAUUCCCUUAAGGAAGCCUUGACGUACGAUGGUGCACUCUUGGGUGACCGGUCACUUCGUGUGGACAUUGCAGAAGGCAGAAAACAAGAUAAAGGCGGCUUUGGAUUCAGGAAAGGUGGACCAGAUGACAGAGGAAUGGGUGGCUCUCGAGAAUCUAGAGGUGGAUGGGAUUCCCGGGAUGACUUCAAUUCCGGCUUCAGGGAUGACUUCUUAGGAGGCAGGGGAGGGAGUCGCCCAGGUGACCGGCGAACAGGCCCCCCAAUGGGGAGUCGAUUCAGAGAUGGCCCUCCCCUUCGAGGGUCCAAUAUGGAUUUCAGAGAACCAACAGAAGAGGAAAGAGCACAGAGGCCGCGGCUCCAGCUUAAACCUCGAACAGUUGCAACACCCCUCAAUCAAGUAGCCAAUCCCAACUCUGCUAUCUUCGGGGGAGCCAGGCCCAGAGAGGAAGUUGUUCACAAGGAGCAAGAAUGAGCUUGUGGUUGGGAGGGAAUGGGGUGGGGGAGUUGGAGCGAGACCACGGCCUGGCUAGCCCCCCGGACCGGCAGCCCUGCAGUUACCGAUCCUGCACCUGACCUUUGUCCUCCUUUCUUACAACGGAAACAGAGCUUGUGAGUGCAUGUCCGCAGUUAACAAGUGGUUUUUAGUACAUUCUUGGCUUUGCUGUAUCUACCUAGUGCCUGUUUUGUGUCUUUUUUUUUUUUCUUCCUGCCGCUCCUUUCCUAUUUUCCUUCUGUCCUCUUUCCUUCUUGCUCCUUGUUUCCUUCCAGCACCUGAGUUUCUCUAGAGGGACAAAGGCAGCCACCAUGGGGGGUUCUUUGGAUUGAAGUGCUGCUUCAUUUUUCUCCUUUGCUUUUUUUCUCUCUUUACUUUAGCCUUGCUGCGCUGGCCGGUCUCUGGUCGUUUCCUUUCAUUUUUCUCCGUGCUUCUCUUCUGACCUGCAUGUGGAGUUCUGUAUUGCUGUGGCUUCCAGGAAAAAAGCAGAAGUCACAAAUUGGAUAGCACCUUGUCUUUAUUCAGCUGUGAUCAACAUACAGCUGAUUAAACAUCAUACAUACAUCAUAAUUGUUUUUAAAAUAAGGAUAAAAUACCUGAUCUUUGCAAAUUCCUCCCUGUAACUAUUUGUAGGCAGUCCUGUCUCCAUUACCCUCUCCUCAGAUGGAUUAUUCAAGCAGAAUAGGCUCACAUUUCAAACAGCUAAACCUGAAAGGAGAAUAAUGCGGAGUGUUGGUGGGGAGUGCACGUAGAAGAUAAAUUGGUUUAUUAUUGCUAUUUUGAUACCAUGUCCAAACUGGUUCCCGCUUUCACUAGCUGUAUUAGAGGCUCCUCUGUGUGGCUGGAUAUAGCGAACUGCCGUCGGGUUUCCUUCCCGCUGGGCAGACGUGCUCUGGGGGUCGUAGGUGGUAAAGCUCUGCUGGGCUUAAUCCGCGGGGCAGACGCUGCUUUCUUUCACAGCCCUGUUGUUUCUGUGUUCUGCAUUGCUCCCUGUGUUUAUCUGUUCCCUGGUAUAAGGAACAGUGAGAUACUGUGCUUCCCACCAUCCCUUAAUUUUAGAAUGGAAAUGGGCCUAGAAUCUGGCACUUUACUCUGUUUUGCUUGAUGAAUUGAGAAUUUUACUAUGCAGAGCUGUCAAGAGCUUUGAAAUAACUGGUAGGUGGCUGUCGGUCACUAAGUCUCAUCUUUAGGAUGUUGACUCCCACGUACGGAGUUCAGCACUUACCCAGGGCUAGGCAGCUAGGUAAUAGCUUUUAAGCUUGAACGCCUAUGUGUGAACAAAUUCUUUAGCAUAUGAGUCCCAUUCCGUCCCAUUGAGAGCAUUUUGGAUUCAGCUAGAGCCCCAGAGAAGAGAGACCCUCACCAGCAUGACUGGAGGGCUGGGGGCAUGCGCAGUGUGCCUGGAAGUAGUUCCUCACUGGCUGAAAUCCUCGGCUUCUCUUCCUUUGUCUUUGUCACCGGGUCUCAGCAAUUUACAGAACUCUCCCUCCUUUCCUUCCACCUGUCAUUUUUGCUUCUGAAAUAAGAACCAUUUGUGUAACACCAGUACUUACCUUAAGAAAGACAUGCAUUAUGUGGUCGUAAUCAAACCUGAUGCUUUUCAGAUGACCUACUUACAUCCUCAGUGUGGAAAAGAUUAAGAAAACCAAUUCAUCUAAACUUUUGGGCAAUCCAGUUGACUUUUAAAUGUAAGAAUGGAAUUCCAAACACUUAACACAUUCAGCUAUAUGACAGAAAGUAAAUCUAUGGAUAUGGUAUUUUGUGAAUGAUCUUUUAAAUAAAAGAAAACCUUACGUAAUAUUUAA